AUGCCUGCCGCAAUUACCGAACGUAAGCGCUCCUCGGCCACAAGCGAAUCUAAAGACAGCUUCAAACUAUACCUCAAAGAAUCAGGUGUAGUAGACGAUCUGUGGAGGCUGUACGAUACACGCAAUGUACACGGAGAAGACCCUCUCAGGAUGCUGAAGAAAAGCAUCGUGGAAACGGAAACUUCUGAUCUACGUACCAGAAACAACGACUUAGAGUGCGAGAAUGGUGAACUGCAGUUGCGUGUUGAAUUUCUCGAAGAGCGUAUGCGACUUAUGGGCAUGACAAUACCCAAUGCCAGGCCGGUACUGAAGAACUCUAAAUCCUCGUCUGUGAAUUCAUCGACUGAAUCUUUUGAAGAGAGACGAAAGCCAUCUCUGGCUGCAGCAUCACAGGAGACGUUCCGUCGACUGCUGGCGGAUGGGAGCAGCCACACCUUCGUACUCGCCACGUCUGUAGCCCAUGCAUAUAACAGCAAUGGGCUUAUGUCGCUAUACUAUGCCUCGCGAACAGAUCACAGGCACGCGUUGGCUCUCCCAGAGGGACCCGAAGACCUGAUCAAAAACAUAUCAUCCAUUAGGAAACCCACAACCAAACGCUGCAACACACUGUUUGCCUGCCCGCCCUUCUAUGAUGGUCUAUUGAAGUCGGCAUCGGCCGCUACGCUAAAUACCUGGAGUAUCGACUGCAACUACUCUGCUGGCAGCCCUUUAUCAAGCGCAACUGUGGACAGGUAG